AUGCCUCCUAAAUAUGAGUCUGGUGCUCAAAAGAGGAAAAGGAAACGAAAUGAAAUUGCAUUGAUUCAAAGUCAAGUAGGGGAUAUUAACAAGUACUUCAAAAGCAACAAUGUGAAUGCGUUGAAUGAGGAUGAAGUAGGGGCUAAUGCAAAAGAGAUUCAAUACACGUAUCUUGAUGCAAGUCGUGAGGAGCAGAUGUCUUUAAUAGUACGAUUUGUAGAUGAUUCAGCAAACUUACCUACAGUUGAGGAACAUUGGCUUGAAUUUUUGAAGGUAGAUGACACAACAGGACUUGGACUUGCAACCGAGCUUCAAAAGGUUUUGAUCAAACUUGAUCUGGAUAUUGAUGACAUUAGAGGGCAAGGGUAUGAUAAUGGAUUUAACAUGAGCGGGAAGCACAAAGGUGUACAAAAAAGACUGUAUCCUUCUUCGGAGUGA